GCCUAGGUGGGGAGAGGGAACGGGUAGUCACAAGGCUGGGCCUGUCCCAAAUCAGUAUCUGUUGGAGGGAGAGGUGGAGGUGGAAAACCCAGCCCACUUGUAUUACUGCCUAGUUCAUUCCACUCCAUCUCCCUGCUUCUCGCCAACCCUCCCAGUAAAGUCCUAGAUUCCAGUAAGGGGUACCUGCCAGGUACCAGUUUAAGGGGGCUCAGGGGCACCACAAGAAGAUAGUGGAAGUCCACCUGCUCUCUUAUAUACCUGAAGCCUUCCAAGAAAACAAUACAAGCAGCUUAAAGGCGUGCUCCCCAGGCUUCCCCUUCUCUUCCUUCCGGGGGAUGGACCCUCUGGAAAGCCUCCGGCCGAGCGCAGGAUGGGGCGCUGGGGCCAGAUUUGCGCACCCCCUGGCGGCCACGCUGGGGCCUGUGAUCGCUGGGGGACGCGGCUGCCCCGCCCCUCCAACAGGAGCCAAUGCGGGCUCGAGGCCCCGCCCCCUGAGGAAUCGCUUCCCGGAGAGUAUUUAGAAGCUGAGCGCUCAGGAAGGCACUUGGGAGAGAGCUGGGGGAGCCUGAGACCGGUGUGCUGCACGGAGCGUGGCUCCAGCUCAAAACGUAAAACCUGGAACCGGGCAGCUGCAGCGGUCGGCCUUGCAGGGCGGAGCCUGCAUCCUGCCUCACUGGCCAUCAGUCAUUUAUAUCCCCGCACUACUAGCCAGAGGAGAAGCGGGUGAGUCUCGGAGCUGCGCCCCGCACUGAGCUGCCCUGUCUCACCGCUGGUAGCCACCGCCAUGGCCCGGCUGGUGCUGCAGGGCACACUGCUGUGCAUGCUGCGCGUGGGCUUAGGCACCCUGAACUCCGAGGGCUUCCUGCCCCCGGUGCCUCAUAACUGUCCCUACAAAUGCGUCUGUGCUGCCGACCUGCUGAGCUGCGCCGGCCUGGGGCUGCAGGAUGUGCCGGUCGUAUUACCGGCUGCAGCUGCAGACCUCGACCUGAGCCACAAUGCGCUCCAGCGCCUGCGCCCCGGCUGGCUGGCGCCCCUCUCCCGGCUCCGCGCCCUGCAUUUAAAUCACAACGAGCUGGAGGCGCUAGGUAGGGGAGUUUUCGCCAAUGCCAGCGGCCUGCGGCUGCUAGAUUUAUCAUCGAAUGCCCUGCGGACACUUAGCCGCCACGACCUCGACGGGCUGGGGGCGCUCGAGAUGCUGCUUCUGUUCAAUAACCAUCUGGCGCACUUGGACGAGCAGGCCUUCCACGGCCUGGACAGGCUCAGUCGGCUCUACCUGGGCUGCAACGAACUCGCGUCCUUCUCUUUCAACCACCUGCACGGUCUGGGUGCGACCCACCUACGUACUCUGGAUCUUUCCUCCAACCGCCUAGGACGCAUCCCUGUACCUGACCUGGCUGCACUGCCAGCCUUUCUCAAGAAUGGCCUUUACUUGCACAACAACCCAUUACCCUGUGACUGCCGUCUCUACCACCUGCUGCAGCGCUGGCACCAGCGGGGGCUCAGCGCCGUGAGCGACUUUGCUCGCGAGUACACAUGCCAGGCUUUCAAGGUACCCACCUCCCGCGUGCGCUUCUUUGAGCACAGCCGCGUCUUUGAGAACUGCUCGGCUGCCCUGGCUCGGAGCCUAGAGCGGCCUGAAGAGCAGCUGCAUGUGCAGGUGGGGCGGUCCCUGAGGCUACACUGCAACACCAGUGCCCCAGCCGUGCGCGUUGCCUGGGUCUCACCCCAGCAUGAGCUGCUCGUGGCACCAGGAUCUCACAAUGGCAGCAUCGCAGUGCUGGCUGACGGCAGCCUGGCCAUCGGCAACGUGCAGCCAUGGCAUGAGGGUGUCUUUGUGUGCCUGGCCACAGGGCCGCGCCUGCAUCACAACCAGACACACGAGUACAACGUGAGUGUGCACUUUCCACACCCUGAGCCUGACACUUUCAACACGGGCUUCACCACGCUGCUGGGCUGCGCUGUGGGCCUGGUGCUGGUGCUGCUCUACCUGUUCGCACCGCCCUGCCCUGGCUGCCGCCGCUGCUACCACCGCAUCUGCCGCUGCCGCUGCCGCUGCCGGCCCCGAACACCCAGCGCACUCCAGGAGCUGAGCGCACAGUCCUCAGUGCUCAGCACCACGCCGCCCGACGCGCCCAGCCGCAAGGCCAGUAUCCACAAGCACGUGGUCUUUCUAGAGCCUGGCAGGAGGGGCCUCAAUGGUCGUGUGCAGCUAGCAGUAGCUGAGGAUUUUGAUCUCUACAAUCCCAUGGGCCUGCGGCUCAAGGCUGGCUCCGAGUCUACUAGCUCCACAGGCUCUGAGGGUCUGGUGAUGACCUAGGCUGUCCAGGGCCUCCACCGAGACCACUGCCUGCCUGCUGCUUGCCCUGCUCCCUGCUGCUGCCCAGAGAAUUGCCAGAUGCUGGUGGGAAGCACUGGGCUUGGUCCUCCAGCCUCCUGCGUGGGCCUCGACAUAAACCACAGCGACCCCACUCACUGGUGGAGGGGUUGAGGUCCCCAGCCUGUCUCCUGCUUCUCCCCAGCAGUACAGGACCAAAACGCCCCAGGACCUAGCAGGGCCACGUGAGGAUUGGAACUGAGGCGCAUGUGGAAGAGCCCUUGCAUUAGAGCCCCAGCUUCACUCUCAGGGGCUGAGCCAGCUAUUAGGGAGAGUGGUGGUGAAGAACUCAAGCAUGACCACCUUCCACUUCCCAAGGGCACGCGAAGGGAGCGGCCCAGAGGGGAAGAGGAGGAGGACUUCAAAAGAAGACCCAGGCCCCAGCCCCCAGCCCCCCAGGGUGGAAAGAGGAAUUACAAGCCCUCCCUCUGGUGAAAUGCGACUCCCCACACACCAACAUUCAACCUACUUCAAGCUUCACGAGUCCAUGCAGCCUGGUGAGCAGGCAAGGCUCAUCAGAGACCCCCAGGGGCCUCGCAGGCCACUCUGAGGGCAGAGCCUCUCCCAUGGGCUUGCAAGACAACAGUAAGGGGCACCAUGGCCUGUGCCCCCAGCUUUUCACCAGGAAAAAGCCUGCUGAGUGUGGCUAAGAUGGGAGGGCCGAGCUGGAACUUGCUGUUCCUCGAGGGUAAAAUCUUCUUAUGGGCUGGCACUGGUCUCGGCCUGAUGGCUGAAGCAGUGCCCGGCUUCAUAUGCAUCUCACCACUCCCACUGCAGGGAGGCAGGGAAGGGGGUACUGGGAACCCCUCCUGAGUGGGGGCUGAGCUGGGGGGCCCACAAGUGUCCUGGAUCCAGCUAUCAUGGAAUGUCUUAAUAAAGGGAGUACGUGCUCGUUGCUGAAGC